GUCUAAUGAGAAUUCAGAAACCGCUAUUUCCCUGAAGGAGCAUAGCCAGCAAUUCCAUGUUUUGCAACUUGUCUGAUACGUCGAGUCAUUCAGUUCUUCAGUUGCCAUUAUUGACCGCACGGUUACGCACUUUCCCUUUUUAAACACCUCUCUUUCGUUUAGCUUACUUCUCUUAUACAUCGUCGUUGGUGUCAACCUCAAUCUUUUUUAUCUAUUUUUGCUUGCUACCCACAGAUAGUUCUUCCAUCGCUAAAGGGAAAGGGCAAGGCAAGCAUUUUAUGCAGUGCUUGAACUUGUUACUCCUGCUAGAUUUUUGUCAUUUUCUUUGUUUCUAUAUUUUCUACUGUUAGUAAACCAAGGAUACAUCAUCAUGUCUGCUUUGUUAGCAAGAACAGGAAGACACAGACAACGUUACGUGGAUCAAUUUAGGCUUGUGGCCGGGUGCAUUCCCUUCAAACUUGAAAAUAAUGUUGAGGAUCAAGGCAGCAAUGUGGAGGAUAGGGUUCUUGUUCUCAUGAUUUCAACACCAAAACGUGAUGAUCUUGUGUUCCCAAAAGGUGGAUGGGAGAAUGAUGAGACCCUUGAUGAAGCUGCAUGUCGUGAAGCCAUCGAGGAAGCUGGAGUGAAAGGGAUACUUGAUGAAAAUCCAUUGGGAGUCUGGGAGUUCCGAAGCAAGAGUAGCCAGGAUAGCUGCAGCCUUGCAGGAGGGUGUCGAGGCUAUAUGUUUGCGCUGCAGGUGACUGAAGAGCUUGACCACUGGCCUGGACAGGCUAGUUACAACAGGAAAUGGCUGACACUACACGAAGCAUUUGAACACUGCCGGUACGAUUGGAUGAGAGAUGCUCUGAAACAUUUUCUGACUUCUCUUCUGAGAAGCAAGGACCUUGGUAGAAGAGCAGAUCUGGCAAAGAUUCAUAUGAUUCCAGUUUCCGAUAACGAGGAGGAGAGAGCAAUGAUGUCACCAAACUACUUGGUAAGACCAUCUGGGGUCCAGCACCUUGAGGAGUCCUCUAGUAAUUGUGUUGUGCAGGUUUAACGAGUCCUAUAAGAUUGCCGUUUCCAAUUGUACAGAUUUCAUAUUGCUCAAACUGAAUGAAUAAAUCAUCUGAUAUGCAUCCAUUCACUUCUCGUUUUCGAAAA